AUGGAUUACGCGCGAAAAAGUACCAAGCAUAAUAUUUCAGGAACGGUUGAAUAUUUAAAAAUCUUUUCAACCGGCCAAAAUACAAUUGGUGAAUGUUGGUAUAAGUUACGAACUACAACAAAUUAUAUAAACAUUUUAAAAAGUGUAAAAAAAAUGGCUGAAAAAGAAACACAAUGUACCGUAAAUCAAGAUAAUAUAAUAAAUGAAAAGUUAAAUGACACUAAUAAUUUAACGACGGUGAAAUCUAUUAAUAGUAUGGAUGUUGACGGUAUUAAAACUGAAUCAGAAUCAUCAAUAAGUUAUGGAAAGUAUGAUGGUAAUUUAUUGCGAUCAUGUAUAUUAAAUGGAAAUUAUACAUUACGCAAAAAAGACGAUGAUAGUUUGGUUGUUCAAGUGGGGCAUUCUGUUUUUAAUGCCUCAUUUAGUGAAACUUGUGGUAGUGAUCUUUUAUUUCCUGUUGAAAGAGAUGUUAGUAAUUAUGAGGAUACAUUUGGUAAUCCUUUAACUUCUGACAUUAGAUUAAUUUGUAAAAAAACUAAUAAUCCUUUUUAUAAAGAUCCUUUGGGUUAA